CUCCAGGUGCUGGCGGGCACAGAGAGCAGAGGUGGCUACCCCAGGGCUGUGACUGAGGGACCCUGGGGACAGGAAUGUCCCCAGCAUGGCCCAGGACAGGAACGAGGGACACGGGACACGGCUGAGGGGACAGUGAUGGAAGCAGGGUCUGGAAGCAGAGGUGUGAGCUGGACUGCUGAGUUAACUCUGUGAGGGAAUGGCAGUGCAACUCAGAGCUGCGGGGCGGGGAGGAACAUAAACUUUGCAGGAUGAGGAGGUGACGGUGGAAGACCAGCCCUGAAGCCGCUGAGGGGAGGGAAAAGGCGAGGCCGGGGUGGAGAGGCCUCGGCCCUGAGGGGCAGCCCGCCAUGUUGUUUGGCGUCUCCAUAGUAACGGCCGUGCCGGCGCCGCCAUGUUGUUUACCGUCACCACGGCAACGCCGCCAUCUUGUUUGGCGUCCCCACAGCAGCGCUCCGGGCCGGGCCGGGGCCAUGGCGGGCACGGGGCGGCUGCACGACCUGGACCUCAGCGCCGAGGAGGCGGAGCGGCUCCAGCGCGCCUUCCGCGACGAGCGGUUCCGCGAGCUCUUCGCAGAGUUCGCGGCCGAGCUCAAUGACCCCGAGCAACGCCGGCUGUACGAGGAGGAGGUGGCGGCGCUGGAGCGGGAGCGCGGCGUGGAGGUGCGCUUCGUGCACCCGACACCGGGCUUCGUGCUGCGGACCAGCCAGGAGGGCUCCCGCCGCUGCUACAUCAAUGUCUGCAGCAACGCGCUGAUGGGAGAGCCGCGGGCCCGCGCCGAGCGCGGCGGGCAGCGCUGGGAGCUGCCCUACAGCCUGGCCCCGGGCCGCGAGGAGCUGCGCCCCGCCGGCCGCCGCCGCCUCCUGUACGACGUGGUGUUCCACCCCGCCGCGCUGCGCCUGGCCGCCCGCAGCGCCCGCUUCCGCCGCCUGCUCUGCGACACGGCGCUGGAGGCCGUGGAGAACAACUGCGGGGUGCGGCUGGACCGCAACAACGCCACCGUCCUGCGGGGAGUCUCCUACAAGGGCGUCCCGCAGGCGCCCGUCAUCCGCUCCCCGCUGCCCGGCGGCGCCCCAAAGCCGCCCGACGACGGCGAGUCCCCGCUGCCGCCCUUCCCCUUCCCGCCCGCCGCCCCUCCAAAGCCGCCCGCCGCCGGAGCCUCCCCGCCCGCCGCGGCCCCGCCGCCCUCCGGCCCCACCACGCCGCGCUGGAGCAUCCGCCACCGCUCCUACGUGGACCUGCAGGACUACCGGCACUGCCGCGACUCAGCGCCCAGCCCGGUGCCGCGGGAGCUGGUGGUGACGGUGGAGCUGCCGCUGCUGCGCUCCGCCGAGCAGGCGGAGCUGGAGAUCCGCGGGCGGGAACUGCGGCUGGACUCGCAGCGUCCCGCCUACCGCCUGCGGCUCCGCCUUCCUUACGACGUGGACGAGAGCGGCGGGCGGGCGGCCUUCAACCGGGCCCAGCGGCAGCUGCAGGUCACGCUGCCCGUGCUGCUGCCCCGGGAACCGGCGGCCCCGGGCGGGGAGCGGCUGGAGGGGGCCGAGCCCGCUGCCGAGGGUCCGGCGGAGGCGGGGCCGGCGGGGGCACGGCCGGCAGAGGCGGGCGGCGGAGCGGCUCCUCCCCCGGAACUCGGCCCUGGCGGCGCGGCCCGGAGCACGUGUGAGCCACUGGCCGAACCCCUCGGUGACCCACGGUGUGAUCCUCCUGUAGAACCACUCUGUGAUCCGCCCGCUGAUCCCCUCACUGCACCCUCGGGUGAACCCCCGGUUGAUCCAACCUCUGAACCCUUUGCUGAACCCCCCGCUGAAGCUGCCACUGAUCCAACCUCCGAACCCCCUGCUGGUCCAAUCACUGCCCCCCCCUCCGAACCCGUUGAUCCACCCGCAGAACCACCCACCGAGCCCCCCGACCCGCCUUUUCCCCGCUCCGGUGCCAUCUCCGAGCCAGCCAUGCCCACCGGGGACACCCCUCCGCUGCCCUCCGAGGGCCACCCCCUCCAGACGGCCACAUGCCCUCCCUUCCGUGCCCGGCAGGACGAGGCAUCCCUCACCCUGCUCCUGCAGGUGCCCGGGAUCCAGCCCCAGAGCUUCCACGGGGAUGUGGGCACCCAGCACUACCGCCUCCGCUUCUGCACGGCCAGCGCCGCCUUCGCGCUGUUCGUGCGGGUCCCUCCCGGGGCCGCGCUGCUGUGCCCCGAGAGCAGCGUCAGCGUCUCUGCCCACAGCGCCGUGGUGCGGCUCGCCAAGGCCCCCGGCAGCACCGGCCUCUGGGACAAGUUCAGCUUCGGCCUGGAGCCCUCGGCUCUGCAGGAAAGAUUGUUUGUCAGUGAGGAGAACGUUGAUGGAUUUCUAGGCACUGCUUUGUGCCCUUCCCCUUGCUCCCAAUCAGCACUGGAAAGGCAGCCAUUAAUUGAAGUGCUGGAUGUUACUGAGGACAGAAUUCAAAUCAGGGUGGAGCCACCGGAACGCGAUGGAGAAGAAACACUUGGCAGCUCAGGGGAAGCCCUUGCUGGAAAGUCCGACAGCAACUACCCCGAAACAAAGACAGAAACAAAGUGUCCUGCAGCCGAGGGACGUGCUGCAGGAUCCAGCCCAGCUCCCACAGCUGGAACAAUAGGAAAAGCAGGCCGGGGUUCACACCAUUGUUUGCAGCGCGAACCUCCUGCCACCAGUUCAGCGAUUCCUGGCGGGUCUGGGAGAAAGGAGCCCGAUUUAGAAAGUGCUGCUGCAGCAGGAGACACAGCCCCAGCCCCAGGAGAACCAGAAGGGCCAGGGGGUGAGGAUGGGGAGGCUGGGCCGGGGCUCAGCAGGGCAGGAUCCCCGGUCCUGCGGGAGGUGAACCCCGAGGACGGCAGCGUGCGGAUCCUGCGCGACCACCGAACGCGCUGCCCCGUCCAGUUCCACAACCCCCUGCUCUAUCAGCUGGAUUAGUUCCAUUGUUUUAGGAUUUCCUUCUGUUGUUUGGUGCUUGCUCUGACUUCCACGUGCUGCUGGAUGACUUCAGGGCUCAGAGCAGGCCGUGGGUUCCCCCUAAAAACGGUGCAACACCAAAACUUUCCGUUGUUAACAGUUUAACAAUUUCCUAAUCACAUCUAGGGUAAGAAUUUUACUUACAAGGAAAAGUUGCAGUUGGAGGUGACUCUGAGCUCCUGGAAAAAAUGUAUCUUUAUUGUUUACAUAAAUUUUUUAUUCUCUUCCCACGUUCCAGGGAUUAUUUGUAUAUAUCCUCAGUCUAAUGACUCCCUCAAGAAUUGAGCAGUACUCAUCAUUUUCCAAACCUUUCAUUUUGUGAUAACUGCAGGAUUAGACUCGCAGUGAUUCUUAGCAAUCAAAUGAAAUUUCUAAUUACCCAGAGAAGUUCUAAUUAGUCUCAUAGAAAUAAUCAACAUUUAUACCCCGUAUUCCAUUCCAGUGCUGUGCUUCAGAAGUGCAGCACCCAGAUAUCCCCCAGCUGAACAAAUUCCACUGCACAAGAGCAUCCUCUGGGUGCACCUCUGCUCUGAAGUAUUUACACUUGGUGAAAUGGAUUUUUUUAUCCAGAUUAUUUUUCUCAGUUUCCCUCGAGUUUCAGCGUUUCUCACCUCCCCAAACCACAAUAAACACAUCUAAUAAUAAA